GAAUCAGAGAAAGAUCGAAACAGAGCAUGGCUCUUCCUAUCGCUCAGUCAUGUUAUUUUAAGUAGCUGUCUUAGAAUUGCGCCAGCAUCCACACGACAGCUUGAAAAUAUAUAUGGAUAUUUGUCAGUCGAGGUGAUGAGAGUUUAAUCGCUGGAAUCAUUCACCAUGUUCAUUCAUCUUCAAGAUGUUGAACAACUCACUACGCUUGUUUUGCUAAGCGACAUAAUUUUGGUAACUUGCAUCUGAUCUCUUUUAGUACGAAUAUAGGUUUUGUGAGCAUGUUUCAGUAAAAUGUAUUGGCCUUUACAAUUCAUGGCAUGGAUAUCUACUUGAACCCCACGAUGGGCAAAUAUUGACAAACGUUGAACAGACUAUUUAUGUUUGUAGCAAGACUUUCCUUGAUACAAUGCUGUUCAUGUUGUACUCGGUCAAGAUGAGAUUAUAUUUUCACACGAGCUAAAGUUAACUCGCAGAACGGUUUACUAAAAACUGGGAGCUGGAAAAAAUGAUGUAUCUGCUGACGACAACGUACCAUCUUCUGCAAUGCUUUAAGUAAAAUACAUGGAAGAUAUUUCACCAUGUUGGCUCUAAGAUACAUACUUGCAGUGUUGAUUCGCAGUGUUUUAAUGGUACUGGGAAUUCCUGGGAAUGGCCUCAUCAUCAUCGUCUAUCUUAAGAAGCAUCGUAAAACAGGAACAGACGUCUUCAUUCUUGGACUUGCCAUAGUCGAUUUCAUCGUUUGCACGAGUUUCCCACUAAAGAUAUAUUCUUACAUAACAUCACAGUUUACAAAUGACGUCCUGUGUAAGCUCAUGCAUUUCAUCAUCUACUGGAGCACCUAUCUUGGGACGUUCUUGACAACGGUCAUCACGGUUGAUCGUUAUAUCGCAGUGUGUAAACCAUUGAAGCGAAGAGUAUCCCCAAAACAGGCGGUUAUCAUCAUCUCGACCUGCUCCGUCCUGGCAGCAUUCUGCGCCAUACCGUCCGUUUCAAAGACGGGCAUCGCGACCUAUGGUCCCGCCGUUUCCAAGUGCUCUUACAUUUACGAUAACCUUGCCUAUGCUCAAAUCAUUGCCUACUUAAAUGACACUCUGUUCUACAGUUGCCUGGCUCUGAUCACGUUCCUGUAUACCCUGAUCUGGAUAGCGGUACGUCGUCGGGCCAGGGUCCGCGUGGAGAAACUGGGUGGUGCCAACAGUAUAUCUGGAAACGUAAGACCAACGCAGAUUUCCGUGAUGCCAUCCGAAGCUUGGGCGGGUGAGGAAGGUGCGAAUUCGAAGAGCCCGACUGAAGGGCACAAGGCACAGGUUCAGAGCAACUAUGCUGCGAAGACCGUUGACCAGUCCUCCAGCGAUGAGGCUGGGGCAUCAAGGGACCAGUCCGCAGGAGGACGUGGCGACGCCUCCGACCUUCUCUCUGUUGAGCCUAAUUCUAAUCAAGGUAGACCUGUUUUUGCUGGAAAUCAUCUCGCUCCUCCUCCUCCUACUCCUGGUGGGAGCGUUAGCGUUAGCCACGGUGCAAUGGCCAAGCCUUCAAAGGCAGUUGCCCCAGCCGCGAUCAUCCGGACAAACAACAAGACAACCGUCAUGAUCUUCAUCAUCACCGUCAUAUUUUUCCUCUCCUGGAUCCCGACCAAAAUCUGGGACUACUACCCAAACAUCAAGUUCACUUGGCUCCAAACGGAUCCAGUGAAAUACAACUUCUUCUACGUUUCUCUAUUCGCUGUGAAUCUCAACCAGGUGAUCAAUCCCUUCAUCUACAGUUUCGUCAACGUUCAGUUCAGGCGUGAAUGCGUCACAGUGAUGAGGCAUAUCCGACAGUGCAGAUUAUCUUAAAAGUCUAGGGCAUUUCGUUUGAUCGCUUACUUUUAUUUUUGGUUUAUAGAUGUCUCUGCAAAGCAU